AUGCAGGAAACUUCGCUGCAGCCUUCGAUCAGCUCGCAGCCGCAUAGACACUCCAUCAACAAGCAGCAGCAGCAGCAGCAGCAGCAGCAGCAGCAGCAGCAGCAGCAGCAGCAGGAGAAGGAGAUGGAGGAGGAGGGAGAGGGGGAGGGAGAGGAACAGCAAAAGAAGAGCUGCAAUUGCUGCAGUAGUAGUGGUAGCAGCAGCAGCAACAACAGCAAUAACAGCAGCAACAGCAGCAGCUGCAGCAGCAACAUCAGCAGCAGCAGCAGCAACAGCAGCAACAUCAGCAGCAGCAGCAGCAACACCAUCAACACCAUCGACACCAGCACCAGCAGCACAAACAGCACCAACACCAGCAGCAGCAGCAGCAGCAGCAGCAGCAGCAGCAGCAGCCGCAGCAGCAGCAGCAGCAGCAGCAGCAGCAGCAGCAGCAGCAGCAAGAGCACGAACCCAACGCUCCAUAUAUCAACAGCAAGAGUGUAA